CGGCCGCGCCUAUAAAUAAAGUAAGAAGCAGUAGCGCUGCCGUCUAAAAGGAGAGAAAGAGAGAGAGCUUCUCCGCUCCCGUUUUCUCCUCAGUUCAGUAGUUCAUUGAGCUGAACUCUCCCAAGGAUUGGCUUAACUCACCCUCUUAUCAAUUGACUAUAACUACAGUUGCUCUUUCUCCCGGCGAAAAGCCGCACAGUGAUUCGGCGAUAGAUUGUCUGCGUCAGAGUGAGGGGAAAGCUUCAUGGAUGCUUACGCGCUUCAUCUGGCCAUGGCGGCUCUGGUCGGAGCAUCUUUCGUCGCCGUAUCCGCUUAUUAUAUGCACCGCAAAACCCUAACGCAGUUGCUGGAGUUCGCCAAGACCGUCGAAAGAGAAAGAGAGAGGUCGGACAAGGAGGAAGAGAACUACUCCGACGGGGACUCUGCGCAGCAUUUGAAGAAGCGGCGUAGCAGCCACAACAAGAAGAAGGGGAACGGUUACUACCGCCGCGCCUCGGCGUCGCUACCUGACGUGACGGCUAUAUCCGGCGGGCCGAUUGACGGAGAAGAGAGGCGGAAUGGCCUGCUACACGUGGACGGGAUUCCACCUGGCUUGCCGAGGUUGCACAUGCUGCCUGAAGGUAAAUCUGCUGGACAUACUAAGAGAGCUGGAAAUCUCAUUAGACCAACUUCUCCAAAGUCUCCUGUUGCCAGUGCUAGUGCCUUCGAGAGUAUAGAAGGGUCGGACGAAGAAGAUAUUAUUACUGAAGAUAUAAAGCUAGACACCACUUACAUGCUCCCUAAUGGAACAGCUGAGAAUUUAUCAGACCAAAUUCACAACAAUGGGGAGCAAAUUGCCAUCCCUGCUGCAAGCAUGAUCCGUUCACAUAGCGUAUCUGGUGACCUACAUGGUGUCCAGCCUGACCCAAUUGCAGCUGACAUUUUGAGGAAAGAGCCUGAGCACGAAACUUUUACACGACUGAGAAUUUCUCCAACUGAGGUACCCUCACCUGAUGAAGCGGAGGCAUACAUUGUUCUGCAAGAAUGUCUUGAAAUGAGAAAAAGAUAUGUAUUCAAGGAAGCUACGGCUCCAUGGGAAAGAGAAGUAAUUUCUGACCCUAGCACGCCGAAGCCUAAUCCAGAGCCUUUCUUCUAUGCUUCAGAAGAGAAGUCCGAUCACUAUUUUAAAAUGCAAGAGGGUGUAGUUCAUGUAUAUCCGUGUAAAGACUCCAAGGAAGAGCUAUUUCCUGUUGCUGAUGCAACAACCUUUUUCACUGAUUUGCAUCACAUACUCAGAGUUAUUGCUGCUGGAAAUAUGAGGACUUUAUGUCAUCAUCGGCUCAAUCUUCUGGAACAAAAAUUCAACCUCCAUUUGAUGCUUAAUGCUGAUAGGGAGUUCCUAGCCCAGAAAAGUGCUCCACAUCGUGAUUUCUACAAUGUCAGGAAAGUUGACACUCAUGUUCAUCAUUCUGCAUGCAUGAACCAGAAGCACCUUCUAAGGUUUAUUAAAUCAAAAUUGAGGAAGGAGCCUGAUGAGGUUGUGAUAUUUCGAGAUGGGACUUACUUAACACUGAAAGAAGUUUUUGAGAGUCUGGAUUUGACUGGGUAUGAUCUCAAUGUUGACCUUCUCGAUGUUCAUGCGGACAAAAGCACGUUUCAUCGGUUUGACAAGUUCAACCUUAAGUAUAAUCCUUGUGGCCAAAGUAGACUCAGGGAGAUUUUUCUUAAGCAGGAUAAUCUCAUCCAAGGUCGUUUCCUUGGGGAGUUAACAAAACAAGUGUUCUCUGAUCUCGGCGCAAGUAAAUAUCAGAUGGCUGAAUAUCGAAUAUCAAUAUAUGGGCGGAAGCAAAGUGAGUGGGAUCAGCUUGCUAGCUGGAUAGUUAAUAAUGAUCUAUACAGUGAGAAUGUUGUCUGGUUAAUUCAGCUUCCACGACUCUACAACAUUUACAAGGAGAUGGGAAUUGUGACAUCAUUUCAGAAUAUCCUUGACAACAUAUUUAUUCCACUCUUUGAGGUCACUGUUGAUCCAGAUUCACAUCCUCAGUUGCAUGUUUUCUUGAAACAGGUUGUUGGGUUGGAUUUGGUUGAUGAUGAAAGCAAGCCGGAAAGACGCCCCACGAAACACAUGCCCACUCCAGCUCAGUGGACGAAUGUGUACAACCCUGCAUUUUCAUAUUAUGUGUACUACUGUUACGCCAAUCUCUACACAUUAAACAAGCUUCGUGAGUCAAAGGGCAUGACAACUAUCAAACUCCGCCCACAUUCUGGAGAGGCUGGAGACAUUGACCACCUGGCUGCAACUUUUCUCACGUCUCAAAAUAUAGCUCAUGGGAUCAACUUGAGGAAAUCUCCUGUACUUCAGUAUUUAUAUUACUUGGCACAGAUUGGCCUGGCUAUGUCUCCUCUCAGCAACAAUUCUUUGUUUCUCGACUACCAUCGGAAUCCGUUUCCAAUGUUUUUCCUCCGAGGCCUCAAUGUCUCGCUCUCUACCGACGACCCUCUCCAGAUCCACUUGACCAAAGAACCCUUGGUUGAAGAGUACAGCAUUGCAGCUUCUGUGAGAUCUCAUUCCUUUUCCUGGGAUAAAUUUGCUUGCAAGUUUUAUAGUGUUUGGAAGUUGAGUUCGUGUGAUCUCUGCGAGAUUGCUCGGAACUCAGUAUACCAGUCUGGUUUCUCUCAUGCUUUGAAGUCGCACUGGAUAGGGAAGCAGUACUACAAGAGAGGACCAGAUGGUAAUGACAUUCACAAGACAAAUGUACCCCACAUACGUGUUGAAUUCCGUGACACGAUCUGGAGGGACGAGAUGCAACAAGUUUACCUUGGAAAGGCCGUUAUCCCCUACGACGUGGAUAAAUAAGUUGGCAUACUAGUGGGCUGCAGGUAGAUUUGAUGAGCUAAGUUCCUGCAGGAGCCAGUUGAGUUCGUCGUAUGGACUAAAUAAUUUAUACAACGGAAUAUAUGCUUGUAUACAAGAUUAUCAAAUGGACUCCCCGGCAAAAAGUAGCUCAACAGAAAGAGAAGGAGAGCCAGAAUCCAUAGGCCAGACUUGUACAUCGUCCUUGAUGAAAUUUGGUGUACUUCAGAAAUGAGAGGGCGGGAACAGGGCUGCAGGAGCAAUGCAUCAACCUCCUCCAAACAAGGAAUAAGUUAGCUUCUAAUGCUAUUAAUAUAUCUAUAGGUGGCUGCGAAAAAAAUAGCCUCAAUAUGCUAUGCAGGUCGUAAGAUGAAUUUUGUACUUCGUCACAAUCGACUGUGUAGGAUCUGAUGAGAGACAUAAUACGCUGUAUGGGAUUAAACAUCAAUGCUGAGAUGAGUUAUACUUUCAGAUUGACUGCCGUGGUCCUUUUUCUUGUUCUACCUCGAAGUUCUUCUUUGACAGGUUUAUCAGUUUGGACUUUGGAGUAUAGUUUGACUUGUUUGA